AUGUGGCUCACAGAUCAGCAAAGUGAGUAAGCUUACACAUCAGCAAGGGCAAAGCAGACCAGGUGGUUGGAGGGGAGGGGGGGACCCGGAAACAAGCACGGGGGUCCCUAAAUGCGCUUCGAUGGGGUGCGAUCGUCGAGCCAGGCCAGGUGCUAUCUCACACGCCCAUGCCGCAAUCCUCUCUCUUCUUUCCUUCGCAGAGAUCGGAGCAGCGCUAGUCUCUUUCGGUUCGCUCUUCCUCGUGCUAGGUAUCCUGCUCUUCUUCGACGCGGCCCUUCUAGCACUAGGCAAUGUCCUCUUCACAGCCGGAAUAACGCUGCUGAUAGGUCCUCAAAAGACGUUUUACUUUUUCGCUCGCAAACAAAAAUUGAGGGGAACAGUGUGCUUUUUCGUGGGAAUGCUGCUCGUCUUUGCCAAGUGGACCUUUUUCGGAAUGCUCAUCGAAAUUGUUGGAUUUUUGAACCUGUUUGGGUGAGUGAGGCUUGCAAGCGGCCCGACGCACUGUUUGCAGCCUGGGUCGGUCGAAUCGAGGAGAAAAAAGCAAAGGGCGCUGCUGCUGCGUGCUCAGUCCGUAAGGAAAGCAGAUUUGGCGCGCUAGUUGGCGCGCAUCAACUUUUUCGAAAGGUGGUCCAAACGCUCAACCAUCUUUUUUUCCCCUUUCCCACGACGUGCCUCACACGCGAACCCCUACAGAGACUUUUUCCCCGUCAUUCUCAAUUUCUUGAGGCAGCUACCAUUCAUCGGUCCAGCAUUGAGUCUGCCCGUAGUCAGAGGAGUAAGUAGUGACGUUUGGAUAGUCGUGGAGGAUGAGAGCCCAUGCAUCGCCCUCCUCCUUGCUCAUGCUCAUUGCGGCAACAUUUUUCCCGGCUUUGCCCGCUUUUGCAGGUGCUGGACAAGCUGGCAGGCACACGACAAUCGGCCGUUUGA